UUGACUGGCUUGCCUGGACGCCCUUCAAAUAUUGCUGGACAGCCUGGAACUCAAGGAAAGCAGGGCCCUAAGGGGAUGUCUGGAGAGAAGGGAAUGAAGGGCAAGAUUGGAGCACAAGGAGUUGCUGGUAUAGAUGGAAAUGCUGCUACACAGUUCCAAUGCCAAUACCUCUGCGUUGCCUCAAAAAAAGCUUUUGCUUCUCAUAUUUCUUCUGAAUACUCAUUUCCGUUAACUAUGAUGAGUUUGGAUGAUGGAAUAAUUGAGGAAGGAAAGAAUAGGACAGAGGAAGAGGAAAUUGCACUAUAUGAUGAUUUGGGGGACAUAAAGAUGAGUAAUGGAAAUGAAACUGACAAUGAGCAUGACUAA